GUGUAAUGGAGCCUCACUUUUUCAAGCAUAGUUCAUGGCAAAUCUUGUAAUUAAAGCAUGGAAUAUGGAAAACAAAACACUUCAGCUGGUACUUUAGUCUCAUGUGAAAUUCUACAGAAAUUCCAAGCAUUAUUUUGACUGCUACUUGCUAUCAAAUGCUCAGUUAUUGAAAUUGAAGGUCUUUCACUCAGAAGAGAAAAAUCAAGAAAGAAGGUUUCUCUGGGAACUGGCUGGAACCCGAGGCUUGCAUGCUUCUGAGCUGCUGUGAAUGGCCCCGGCACUCCUGACCACCCUUCCAGCUAGGAUGUCACUCAGAUCCCUGAAAUGGAGCCUUCUGCUGCUCUCGCUGCUGAGUUUCCUGGUGAUGUGGUACCUCAGUCUGCCGCACUACAAUGUGAUAGAACGUGUGAACUGGAUGUACUUCUAUGAGUAUGAGCCCAUUUACAGACAAGACUUCCGCUUCACACUUCGAGAGCAUUCAAAUUGCUCUCAUCAAAACCCAUUUCUUGUCAUCCUGGUGACCUCACACCCCUCAGAUGUGAAAGCCAGGCAGGCCAUUAGAGUUACCUGGGGUGAAAAGAAGUCUUGGUGGGGAUAUGAAGUUCUUACAUUUUUCUUAUUAGGCCAACAGGCUGAAAAGGAAGACAAAAUGUUAGCAUUAUCCUUAGAGGAUGAACACCUCCUUUAUGGGGACAUAAUACGACAGGAUUUUUUAGAUACCUACAAUAAUCUGACCUUGAAAACCAUUAUGGCAUUUAGGUGGGUAACUGAGUUUUGCCCCAACGCCAGGUAUAUCAUGAAGACAGACACUGAUGUUUUCGUCAAUACUGGCAAUUUAGUGAAGUAUCUUUUAAAUUUAAACCACCAGAGAAGUUUUUCACAGGUUAUCCUCUAAUUGAUAAUUAUUCUUAUAGAGGAUUUUACCAAAAAACCCAUAUUUCAUACCAGGAAUAUCCCUUCAAGGUGUUCCCACCUUACUGCAGUGGGUUGGGUUAUAUAAUGUCCAGAGAUUUGGU